AUGAAUAUAGAUGGUCAUACGGAACCAUCUUCUGUAAUUUUAAUUGGAUUAAUUACGAAACACGGAGGAUCAUAUCGACAAUAUUUUGAUAGUACUGUCACUCAUCUGUUGGCAUGUCAAUUAGCACAUUCAAAAUUAAAGGAAUUGGUCAAACGAAGGAACCCUCCCCAUAUUGUUCAUCCGAGGUGGAUUAUGGAUUGUGUAAAGUCAGGAGUUUUACUCUCUGUAAAAGAUUAUUUAAUUGUGGAUAAUUCGAGAAAUACUGUUCAACACAAGGAUAUGCGUUCAUUCACAACUGUGAAUAGGAAUAAUCAACAAAAAUUUAUUUCAUCUGAAUCAAACUCCUCUAAUUCAAUAGAAAAUUCAAAAGCUUGCUCUUCAUCAACAUCAAAUCAAACUAAAAACAAAGAAGAUUAUAAUUUUGCUCUUUCUCCCUCGUCAACUCCAGUUGGAAAAUCAACAUUGAGAAUUAAGAAGAAAUCAAAUACAUCCAGUACCCCACCAACAAUUCAGAAUAAUAUUACACCUCUUCCAAUAGAGACGAAUAACAAUUUCAAUAGACAACAAUUUAUAAUUCCAGAAAGAAGAGCACCAAUAGUCAAUUCUACAACUUUUAUGAUAUCUGAAAAGAAUCAGAGUGUUGAAGAGUCUAGACCUUUAAAAGAUUUAAUGGCAAAGAGUGCUGCAUCAGAUCCCAAUUUUAUUGGCAAUUAUAUGAAAAGUAGUAGAUUACACUUUAUUAGUACCUGGAAAAACAAGCAAAGAAGCAAAAAUCCAACUAGUUCAACAGCUGAUAAGAAAGGGGUAUUUGUUGUACAUAUUGAUAUGGACUGCUUCUUUGCAUCAAUAGCCAUGAGAGAUAAUCCAUCACUGAAGAACAAACCUAUUGCAGUAUCAUAUUCAACUGAUGGAACAGGUGACAUUUCUUCAGCAAACUAUUGUGCAAGAGACUUUGGAGUGAGAGCAGGAAUGUGGAUGAAACAGGCCAGAGAAUUGUGUCCAGAUCUCAUUGUUGUUCCUUACGAAUUUGAAAAGUAUAAUGAGGCUGCAUCCAAAAUUGAUGAAAUUUUGAACAGUCAUUGUGAAAGAGUUAAAAUUAUUUCCAUAGAUGAAGCCUUCAUUGAAAUUACAAAUGAGUUGAAAAAUAAUACUGUGGAAGAAUUGAAUGAGUUAGUUUCAAAAAUUAGAAAUGAAAUAGAGAGGGAAACAAAAUGUACAGCUUCUGCUGGAAUGUCAACAAACCAACUCUUAGCCAGAAUUGCAACUAAAAAGGCAAAACCAAAUGGGCAAUUCUAUCUUGAUGCCAAAGAGGCUGUUAGUUUUAUAGAAAAUUUAAACAUCGAAGAAAUACCCUCAGUUGGUUGGAAAACUAAAAAGUUUUUUAAUCAGAUGAGCAUCACUAAAUGUUCUCAGUUAUUGAGUUACUCCAAAACUGAAUUGAAAGAAUUAGUAGGUGAGAAGAAAGGAGAAACUUUGUACAAUUUUCUUAGAGGAAUAGACAAGAGACCAUUCUUUGAUGAUACUGGAAGAAAGUCAGUUGGCGUGGAAGUUAAUUACGGAAUCAGAUUCACUAAAAUGGCUCAAGUAUCUGAAUUUAUUGACAAGCUCUCAAUAGAAGUGACAAGCAGAUUGAAAAAUGAAAAUGUUAAGGGUAAAGCAAUAGUUCUAAAAGUCAAGAAGCGCAAAGAUGAAGCCCCAGAAGCAAAAAAAUAUUUAGGACAUGGUAUUUGUGAUAAUUUUUCGAAAUCGUGUACUGUUCCUUACUUUACUGAUGACAGUGAUUUAAUUUCAAGAAAAGUGAAAGAUUUAUACAACCAGUUAUCUAUAGAAGCUGAAGAUUUGAGAGGGAUAGCGAUUCAAAUUCAAAAAUUGAAUGUUACUCGCAAUAAUAACAAUUCCUCCUUGACCAAAUACCUUAAAAAGGAUGCGCAGCAAUUAGAAGAGCAACAAAUAGAAGUUUUAAAUAGCCAGAAUGAGGAUAUUAUUGACAAUGAAGAUUCUACAAUGCUAGUACGAAGCCAUUCCUCAACUAAAACUACAAUUAUUACAGAAAAGAAAUCAGCUCAACAAAAAAAGAAGGAAAAACAUGCCUUCAGACUGGAUGAAUUUUGUGAAUUGGAAAAUUUGGCUAAGGGAGGUCUAAACGAACCAAUAUCAUUUUCGUUCAUUGAAGAAAUGCCUUGGGAUAUUAAAAGAGAUAUAAUUAAGGAUCUAACUUGGAAAAAGAAGCAACAGGAACAAAAAGAGAAGGAAAAACACAAAGAGGAAAGCGAAAAUAAUGGAGAUAUUGACAGCACUGUUGAGGAAGUCACCUUCCCGUAUUUAUUUAAUUCUAUCCAUUUAGAAGACAUGACUUACGUUAAAGAAAUUAUCACUGAUUGGUACGAGGAAAAUUCUGAUGAUUUUUAUUCAGAUCCUGAAGUUGCUAAUUUAUUUGUUGAAAUUAUUGUACAGAUGUUGAAAGCAUACGCUGAUAAUUUGGAUUUAAUAUCUGCUAGACAAUUGAUCAAAUUUAUUCGAAAGUUAUUGGUAAAAGAACCGAGUAAUGAAGACGUAAUUGAUAAGGAUAGAUUAACUCUGGCAACAGAUUUAACAAAUACCAUUACUCAAGCUUUUCAAAACGAAAUUAUUGACGUUGAAUUUACUAAUUGCCUGCUCUCUCUUUAA